CCCUCUCUCAUUUCUCUAACGCACCACACACAAUGUCCGACGACGAAGCCACCGCCACCACCCCCACCACCCCCACCGUCACAUUCACCCCAAACACCUCAGAAAAAAUCCAAUCUGCACUCCAUUCCCUUACCACCAUCGUCAACCCAACACUCUCCGUUACCUCAUCCACAACCCCUCUCUCAAUCCUCAACGAAUGCGAAAUCUACUCCCAAAUCGCCGCCCUCCUCCGCCAACCCAACUCCGGCGCCGGUGACAACAAUCUCUGCCGUUGGCUCUAUGACACUUUUCAAUCCAAUGUCGCCGAUCUCCAACUCACCGUCCUCCGUUUCCUCCCUAUUAUUGCCGGUGUUUACCUCUCACGUGUCGCGGAAAGAAAACCGCAAGCCGGUUUUGAAGCUGUUCUUUUAGCACUCUACGCGCAUGAAACAACCUCACGCGCCGGUGAACCCGUCACAGUCACUAUCCCUGACAUGUCACACCCAAGCGUGUAUCAUGAAUCCAAAGCAACAAUCAAUAAGAACAAUGCCACCGAUAAAACCAUCGUUGUUUUGUCGCCGUUGCUUGAGCCACACGGCACCGUUAGAUCGACACGAAGAGCGCGAAUCGUCGGCGUGGCAUUUGAGUUAUUCUAUAGCAAAAUUUCCCAAAUGUCCAUUGCUCCAAAGAUUGAUUUUUGUAAGUUUUGCAAGAUUUGGGCCGGUCAAAAUGGUGACAUGUACAAGUAUUUCGAAGAUGAAGAUGAUGAAGAAGACGAUGAAGAAGCUGAAGUUAAAAUAGAAAAAGACAAAGAAAGUGAAGAGUUUAAGAAAGGGAGGGUUCCAAUGCCAUGGGAAUUGUUGCAACCAAUUUUGAGAAUAUUGGGACAUUGUUUGAUGGGUCCUAAUAAUAAGGAUACAAAGUUGUUUGAGGUAGCUAGUGAGGCAUGUAGGUGUUUGUUUGCAAGGGCAAUGCAUGAUGUUAAUCCAAAUGCUAUUUUGCCUAUGAGAAGUUUGUUGAGGCUUUCUAAGAAUAUUGAUGAGUUUGAUGCAACUGAACCACCUAAGACUGAUGUUAUUAGUCUUUAGUUAGUUUUGGGUGUUUUAGGUGUUUUUGUUUUUUGUUUUAAUUUUUAUUUCAUUACCUUUUGGUUUUUUAAUUUUGAAGUAUGUUGCUUGGAUGCUUCUAAUUUAUCAAGGUGGAAGAUCACCAUUGAAUUUUACUUUAUGGGUGAAAGGGAGUAUAUAUAAUUGGGGAU